AUGGCCGCGACUAGGACUUCGACACGCCAAGCCGCUCAGAAGGCGAAGGAAGCCAUAGCAGCCGGUCCAGACUCUAAGAGCAAGAGUGGGGCGGGUGCAAAGCGUAAGGAAGCUGCGCAUAAAGGUCCCGAGCCGAAGAGGAGCAAAAAGGAUGACCAGAAGCCUGCGCUGGAUGAAGACCAGAAGGUGGAAGAGCGAAAGGAGGAUGUAGAAGGGCAAGUAAAGGAAAAGAAGGAGGAACCUGUUCAACAAGGAGCAGAGGGAGAGAAGGUUCAGCCGGUUGAAGAGCAGGCGGAGGGAGAGAAGGUUCAGCAGAAUGAGGAGCAAGCAGAGGGAGAGAAGGGGCAGCAGAAUGAGGAACGCGCAGAGAGCAAGAAGGAAGAGCCUGAACAAGAGCAAGCAGUGGGAGCGAAAGAGGAACAGAAAGAGGAACAGGUAGAAGAAAGCAAGGAAGAACAAGGGAAUGACAAAGAGGAACCACUGAAGUCAAAUACUGAUCAGGACAAACCUGCUGACGAGCAACAGAAGCCCGCUGCUGAUGGGGUUGAGUCUGAGGUUCAAAAGUCACAGGAAAGAGAGGAAGCCGUUCCUUCGAAUAUACUCGAGAAAGGCGUGAUCUAUUUCUUCUAUCGACCCCGAGUUAACGUGUCCGAACCACAUAGUGUGGAAGAUGUUGCCCGAAGCUUCAUUGUACUACGUCCAACUCCUUUAGGGGCCUCUCUGGAUCAAACGCAGGGGUCUUUGGAAGCUGGCGCGAAGUGUCGACUGCUGCUAUUGCCUAAAAAGAAAUUUCCAACGAGUGGGAGGGAGAGAUAUAUGGGUUUCGUUGAGAAGACUGGACAGACGAUGAAAGAGCUCCAGGAGAACUUCAUCGCUGGUGAGAAAUAUGAAACUUUGACCCAUGGCGAACGCACUGUGCCGGAAGCCAAGCCGUAUGCCGAAGGCGUCUAUGCGAUUACCUCCACCGAGCGAGCUUCGCACUUGGCGUACAUUUUGACCAUCCCUGGGGAGGUCGGCCCUCUUCAGGAAGACUUUGGCCUUCACGCGCGCGGCAGCUGGAUUGUACAGUCGAAGAACCCGAAGUAUCCGGGCCCUUCCUCGGCGCAACUUCCCAAGGACCCUGAGUACCCUGAAAGUGUUCGCGAAAAGUUCCAGGAUUAUCGCUGGGCGCCAUUGACACCUGAGUUCAUUGACUACCCCAACGCCCAGUUCCUGAUAAUCGGUGGAGCUACAAAUGACCUUGGAAAGGCUGCUACCGCCGAGCCUGACGGAAAGCGGUCUGAAGAGGCGCAGCCCGGGGAAGAGUUAGAGAAGUUGGAGGGCGAGAACGAGGAGAGAGUUGAGUCAUUGGAUGGGGAUGAUGCUGUAUACAAAGAUCUGGGACUGGAUGCGAGUAAGUAUCCUAAGGUGCCAACAACUUGGGAUAGUUAG